AUGGCAGACGAACGUCCCCAGUAUUAUCAAAACACACUUUCACCAUUGGUGAUCAAUGCGGAUUCUCUCGCUGAGACUUUAGAGGAACUUCGCCUCGCGGUUCGCUAUGGAGCGGAGGCUAUUCAAGCGAAUGAGGGCCCCCUGGACAAAUGGCCGAUCGGUGGCAUGUUCAAAUUCAUGCCAGGUAUUGCCCUUGCUUUCUUGCGCCUAGAUUACCAGUCAUCAGUACUAGACGACGGCGAUGUUAAGUCUCUGGAUUAUCGCCAGCUUGCUCUCGAAAGAAUACCAUCAGAUUUUCCAGAUAUCCCAUUGCUCCCGUCAAGACUAGCGCCUGCGGGGUCAUUGUCACCGAUCCCAGGUGUCAGCUUGCGCGUUUUUUCGGCGGUUGCUAAGGCGAAUUGGAAGAACGGUUCUAAACCCAGUCUUUUCCAGGAAGAUAUUACCUGUCUCUAUGAGGCUGCCCAGCUUGCCCUCAAGAAUGGUCCACUUGUGCCCCAUGACGGUCGCAACAUGGGCGGCGAUGAAAUGCUGUAUGGCCGCGCAGGGCUUCUAUGGGUUCUUUUGAAUAUCCGGGCUCACCAGUUCGAUGAGAGCACGCAGAAAGCCCUCGAGCCUGUAUAUGAGGCUAUUCCGAAACUUGUCGAUGUGAUUGUAGAUUCUGGGCGACAGGGCUCCAAGGCUUUUAUUGAGAAGAAUGGAGCGCAAGAGGCACACCCGCUCAUGUAUGCUUGGAUGGAGGGACACUAUUGUUUUGGAGCUGUUCACGGAAUCACCGGUAUCCUUUCAAUCAUCCUCGCAGCCAAGUCCGAAGAACUUGAGAGACAUCUCCCUGAGAUUGGAGAGACUAUCACCGCGUUGUGUAAGAUGUCCCUUGCGAGUAAUGGACAUCUCCCAAUGACACUCCCGCCCUUCAGCUUCGGGCAGACCUCAGAGUUAGUCCAGCUCUGCCACGGAAGCCCUGGUAUCCUCAUUUUGCUUGCAGAGGCUUUGAAGAACAAAGCCUUAACUGAAGCAUUCUGGUGUCCUGAAUGGAACCAAACCAUCUAUGAGGCUUCUCAAAGGAUCUGGGAAGAAGGCCUUCUUUCUAAAGGAGGCAGUCUGUGCCACGGUAUCACCGGAAACGCCUGGCCCUGGCUUUUGCUGCACAAUGCCUUUGAAUACCACGCUGAAGAUCUAGAAGCUGCCAAAAACUCAUAUUUGCACCGCACACAAGCCUCUCUCCAGAGUGACGAUGUUAGCGAAAAGCUCACGCCAGAUUUCUUUUUGUCAAAAGCUUUGACUUUCAUUCUACACUCUCGUGAAACUCGGCCAUACAACAGCCAGGAAUGUACCACCGCCGACAAAGAUUAUCGCAUGCCCGACGACCCAUACUCGUUGUCGGAGGGACUGGCUGGCAAUGUUUGUGCUUGGGCUGAAGCUUGUGCUGUCAUUCAGGCUAGAUUGCGCAAGAUGGAACUCAGCAAAACUGGAUUUAGCUUGGAGGAAGACCUGGCUUUCAAGCAGGCCAUUUGCUGCGAGCUUGGAUUUCCGUUUGUUGGAGGAAAUGGUGCUACUGGACUUAUCUAG